UCCGACAAAAAUUAAACAAAAGACCACGAAAUCCAACAUACAAUGAAAUGGCGAAUUGAUUGAGAAACAGAGAGACAGGAAUUUGGAAUUUGGAUCAGAAUUCAGAACCUUCACGUUUUGCAUUCCGAUCCCUAAUUCUUCUUCUUCUUCUUCAUCCCUGAUAUGUUGAAGUGAAAAAUUAUUGCUUGAAAGAGGGAGUAUUUGCUGUUUUUGAUCAGAAUUGCUUUGACUGAUUGAUUCCCCUGGUUGCAACAUGCAAGCAUGACUGUGUUUAAUAAUUUUUUUUAAAAAAAUGCUGGCAGAUACCCCCUCAUCUCAUAUGAAUUCGCCUGUUUCAACAUCUCAAGGAAUAUUUCCAAAUUCAAUGAUCGGAAAUUGUGAAUACCCAAAUAGUGGGGCCUCCUCUUCUCUUUCCCGGCCGGAUGCAGACAUCAAUGAUAGUGAUGAAUCUAAUUUGUUCUCAGUUUCAUGGAAUCAGGACUACGGUUGCUUAGCUGCUGGAACAAGUCAUGGUUUCCGUAUCUAUAAUUGCGAACCUUUCAAAGAGACUUUCAGGCGUGAUUUAAAAAGUGGUGGUUUCAAAAUUGUAGAGAUGCUGUUCCGUAGCAACAUCCUAGCGCUUGUUGGUGCUGUAGCAAAUUCCAACUAUCCACCCAAUAAAGUUUUGAUUUGGGAUGAUCAUCAGAGCAGGUGCAUUGGUGAAUUCACAUUUAGAUCUGAAGUUCGUGGAGUGAAAUUAAGACGUGAUCGAAUUGUAGUUGUUCUUGAGCACAAGAUAUAUGUUUAUAACUUUAUGGAUUUGAAGCUUCUUCAUCAAAUUGAUACUAUGGCAAAUCCUAGGGGGUUGUGCUGUCUUUCACACCAUUCAAAUACAUUUGUUUUGGCUUGUCCAGGUCGUCACAAAGGACAGGUUCGAGUUGAACACUUUGGACUGAAUGUCACAAAAUUAAUCAAUGCCCAUGAUUCCCAAAUUGCAUGCUUCACUCUGACAAUGGACGGGCUCCUUCUUGCAACUGCUAGUGAGAAGGGCACUCUGAUUAGAAUAUUCAAUACAAUGGAUGGGUCUCGUUUACAAGAAGUUAGAAGAGGGGUGGAUAGGGCUGAAAUCAACAGUAUAGCUCUGUCUCCAAAUGUCCAGUGGUUGGCAGCAUCAAGUGACAAAGGCACAGUUCAUAUAUUCAACUUGAGAGUGAGAGUGUUUGGGGAGGAUAGUUUAAUACGCCCAACUGCUGUCCAAGGGCCUGUACUACUUCAUCAGAAUUCUUCAACUGCUUUAGAUCCCUUGAUUUCUCCAAAUACCGGUGCCAACCCCAAUUCAUCAUUAUCUUUCAUGAGAGGGGUUUUACCAAAAUAUUUUAGUUCAGAAUGGUCAUUUGCACAGUUCCACUUGCCUGAAAACACUAAAUUCAUUGUGGCAUUUGGAUCACAGAACACUGUCCUAAUCUCUGGCAUGGAUGGAAGUUUUUACAAAUGCAGCUUUGAUCAAGUAAAUGGGGGAGAGAUGUUGCAGAAGGAGUAUGUUCGCUUCCUAAAAUGUUAAAUUAAGCACAGAUAAACUACAUGCACUACAAGUCCUCGACGAGCUGGAAACUCUUCUCAACAUGUAAAUAUGAUGUCUCCAACACAAAGCAAUAAACUCUUCUCCUUGUAUGUAAACAUGAUUCCCUGGAGGAUUGUCAGAUACGUUGCUGUAUAUUUCGCUUGUAAAUAUCGUGAAAAGAAAAUCAAAAUUGAAAAGGAGAUAUACUGACAGCAAUAACUAAACAAAUGAAUUGCUUGUGGAAUGUAUAACUUGCACUAUCAUGUGGGAAAUUUUACACUGCAUUGCCCUUUGCAUAUGAAUAUAUAUGACAAUAUAUGGUUUUGCAA